AUGGCCUACAUCCUGGCUGUGAAUGCAUCUAUCUUGUCAGAUUCCGGCGGAACAUGCUCAGUCUCCGACUGCAUCCCUCUCUGUUCCGACCCCUCUGUGCCGCCGUCUAAUUGCACAAACAACCCGAAUCUCCUCCUCGUGCAGCCUGACGUUUCUUGCAAAUUCGACCCCGUCAAUCCCGGCUACGCUGCUUGCCUCGAAAAAACCCGAAAGGACCUCAUCAUAGCCACCGUGGCCUCCUCCCUCAUCGGUUGCGUGAUAAUGGGCCUGUUCGCGAAUCUCCCUUUAGCAUUAGCCCCCGGAAUGGGCGCAAACGCGUACUUCGCUUACACGGUAGUGGGCUUCCACGGCUCCGGCAAUGUCUCGUAUCAAAGCGCACUGGCGGCGGUGUUCAUCGAAGGCCUAAUCUUCUUGUUCGUCUCCGCCAUUGGACUACGCGCAAAGCUAGCAAAACUUGUCCCAAAGCCAGUCCGAAUUUCAUCCUCAGCCGGGAUAGGAUUGUUUUUAGCCUUCAUUGGAUUACAAAACAAUCAAGGAGUAGGCCUAAUUGGAUAUAGUUCAUCUACUUUAGUCACCCUCGGGGCAUGUCCACGUUCGGCCAGUGCCUCGGUAGCACCGGUGGUUUCCAUAAACGGAACCCUUUCACUGAUUCCCGGCGGCACUGCUUCCGGUGAUAUUCUAUGCUUGCAUGGCCGUAUGGAAAGUCCGACAUUUUGGCUUGGCGUUGUUGGAUUUGUGAUCAUUGCUUAUUGCUUGGUGAAGAACAUUAAAGGGGCAAUGAUUUAUGGGAUUGUUUUUGUUACAGCAAUUUCUUGGUUCAGAAACACAAAAGUUACGUAUUUUCCCAACACACCAGCAGGGAAUUCUUCGUACGAAUAUUUCAAGAAAGUAGUUGAUAUUCAUAAAAUUGAAAGUACUGCAGGAUCUUUAAGUUUCAAAAGCAUUGGAAAAGGCCAUUUCUGGGAAGCUUUGAUCACGUUCUUAUACGUUGAUAUACUUGACACGACCGGAACUCUAUAUUCCAUGGCUCGUUUCGCCGGAUUCACAGACAGCAAUGGCAAUUUCGAGGGGCAAUAUUUUGCGUUCAUGUCUGAUGCAUCAUCGAUAGUUGUGGGUUCGUUAUUAGGCACGUCGCCUGUUACUGUGUUUAUCGAGUCAUCGACAGGGAUACGAGAAGGUGGCAAGACGGGCUUAACCGCCCUGACAGUGGCGGCGUAUUUUAUGCUGGCAUUUUUCUUUACGCCGCUGCUGGCGUCAAUACCGGCAUGGGCGGUGGGGCCGCCGCUGAUAUUAGUGGGCGUUUUGAUGAUGAGUUCUGUGACGGAGGUGGAGUGGAAUGACAUGAAGCAGGCUAUUCCGGCCUUUUUGACACUGAUUUUGAUGCCAUUGACAUAUUCAAUCGCUUAUGGUUUGAUUGGAGGCAUUGGGACUUAUAUUGUAUUGCAUUUGUGGGAUUGGGGUGAGGAACUUUUAAGAAAAUAUGAAUUGAUCAAGGGUACUGAGAGUAAUGCCUUUGUGGAUAAUGAUAUCAAAGAAGAGGAUAGUCAUUUGUAA